UUUGUAGUCAUGUCCAGCAACCGCCGAAGAACUGGCGAAUGGUGCAGCUGCAAGGUAUGGGAUGAAAUCCUUAAGCUUUUCAGCUUGAGACCAUGUGAUCCUACUACAAAUUUCAGCCAGGCGCACUAUGCUAACAUUCCAAUGUGCAUCAGAUUCCCUCCUCUUGCCUAACUAAUAGGGAUUUCAAGGAUGAUGGCCGUACGAGAGUUCAAUGUAUAUAUAUGGGACUUCUGGAAUCAGGCUGGGUUUCCAAGCAGGAGAUAGUGGCGAAGUAUCGACGAUCUAAAGCAUCGAAUCAUUACUUACUGUUGUAACCAUAUGAUCGAAUCAGCGCUUUGCUCCCAGAAGAAAAAAUCAAGAAAAUGUAUCUUCAAUCCUGAAGAUACAUGCUUGACGGUGCUUGAGAAUGUAAGAUAAUAGAUAUCUAGAAAAGAGGGAUUGAGCAUUGAUCAUGGAAGAAGCUGAAAAGACUCCCGGAAAAGCAUGCGCUUGAGAAUUUGGAGAAGCCUCGCGGUCAUGUAAGUAGUUGGUGUAAUCGGGUGGUUCCUUGAUUACUGAUCAUCCAGAACACCUCCAUCCAGGUGUUAAAGGCCGUGAACUUCUGACUUUGGUCCGUCCGGGGAUCGCACCAGACCAGUUGUGAGACUCGAGUUGUUAUAAUCUUCAUGAUUUGUUUGUUUCACAUUGAGCGCUUCUCCUAUUCCGACGCCGGAGCGGAUUAACUUAGCACUCCGCGUGCAAAAUCCCCGUGGUCCGGCGUUGUCGGAUCAACAAUGAUGCGGGGUAUCUUCGCGGUAUCAGCUGGCCGAUAUCAUCAUGAUCAUCAUCACAAUGACAACGAUUUCUCCCAGCAUGGGCAGAGGCAUGGAAUGCCUCUUUGGAGUGUUAUCUUGAUGGCUUAGAGCAGUUCUUAGCAAGGUCAAAAUCACCCAACUUUGGAAUUCCCUUUCAAACCAUCCUGGACAUCCAUAUAUGCUUAACCACGAUUGAUUUGGGUUCCGCGCGUUUGGCGCUAUUUACUAAAAUAAACGUGUUCAAAUCCCUCCUGCUUAUAACCCUAUCGUUUGCCAUUUUCCUUCGAUAUCCCGGAACGUUCUUCGUCUUACCGGCUAGUCCACGAAUCUCCUAAACGAUACGGAAAACCCCCUCCUCUCAGUGUCAUAGCUGCAGAAUAUUCACACAGAAUGGCCUCUUUCAUCGAGAAUCUCUGGUCCAGCAUAUUCACCCCGGGCCCUACACCUACCUUAGUCCUCGCAACAAACGUAACCUUCGCUGCUCUCCAGCUCCUCCUAUUUGCCCUUCUUCUUGCGACUCACAGCAUCCACUUUGUUGUCCUCUCGAUCCUAUGUGGCGGUCUAUGGGGUGCGAUAAACUGGUUUGUGAAAGAAUUAGAAAUUUCCCGAGCACAAUCGGAGCCCGCCAACAGUUCCUGGCCCCAAUCAACCCAGAAGGGACCCACAGGUCGGCCACCCGGAGCGAUUGACACGGAGAGCGAAACUGAAACCGAAAGCCUUGCGGGAGGAGAACCAAAGUUACCGGCACCUACAAUUUCAUCUGGUUUAAUGGGACCCCCCCCGAUUCGGAACACAGGUGCUUCGCGUGCUCCUCCACCGAAUGAGGCAGAAGAUUUAAGAAGGCGACGAAACGGCCCCGAUAGCUCUGGCUACGUGAGUACGGACAGCGAAUGGGAAAAGGUUGAUGAAAAGGAGAGAUAAAUCCAGACUACAACUAAUCCCGUGGGGAUCAAGAGAAUUCCAUCCUGGCCUACACCCGCGACUACAUCGAGCCAUAUUCGUGUACAUAUAGUAUCUAAACACUGGAAUUGCGAACCUCCAUAUCACGGCCUAUGGCUUCCCUACGCUGGAAAAUAUAUUUACGUUAAAACAAUGUUGUUGUCCUUUAUCUUUGUUUCCCUAGCAAUUUUGUUGCUACAUACUUCCCCCUUAGCGGAUCGUUGCUCUAGAUUGUUGUUUCCCGUUUGCUACUGAGGUAUUGGCGUCGAUUCAUUCAAUUUGUGCUUCUGGCUAGUGGUAUCCACUGAAUAAUGGUGUGGAAUGUACCCAACGCUAUUAGAGAGCGAAAGAGAGCUGUUUUGAUACCCGUUGAUUAUUGUAGAUACAAGUUUCUUGCAUUCCCUCUUGUUUUCAUUUUUGACCUGAUGGCAACCAGAAAAUUCAUUGUGCUAUUCUUGAAUGAACUUCUCCUAAUGUUAAUGCUAGCCCUACUUUGACAUGGGAAGGGAAUGGAACCUCUAUUUUAUUAGUUGUAGUCUUCGCUAUCACUUGUCCCUUGGUUCGACUCUCAGUGCAGCC